ACGUGAUCAUCUGGCAUGGUUCACUGAUCAACAAGUGGGUAGAAAGCCAAUAUCACCUGCUGCCCCAAUACCAGAACCUAAAGGCUCUGUUACAGCUACCCCAGAUGCACGCAAACCUGCUACUCAAGUCCCGAAUCCCUUGCCCGAAGUUCAUUUCUUGCAAUGCUGGCGGCAGUCAGGAAAGAUUCAUUCUCGCCAGGGUGAAUCCUUCGAGCACGCACAAACAAGGAGCCGGUUAUGACAGUUAUGGCGGCGCAGGGGACGACGGUCGAGGAACAGCCAUCUUGACUGAGGAUGUCAACAUGAAAACGUUCAUGGAUCAUCUUAUAAAACUGUCCGUCUCAUCCUAG